UAAUAAUAAUUAUACAAGCAUCAAUAUAAUUAGAUGAAUAAAUAAAUAAAUCAAUCAUCACAAGACUAACUAUAUUAAUAUUAAUAUUAUAUUAUCAAAUGAUUUUUCUGACAUUAUUAUAUACCUAUGUAUAGUAUAAUAAUUAGGUAUUUGUGAGUUAAUUUGGAUAUAACAAAAAAUUAUCAAUUUUUACAUUGAGGAUCAUAAUAUAAUAACUGACAUUAGGUAAGAUGAUGCAUCCAUCUAUUUUUUAAUUUUACCUAAUUCAUAUAAUUUUAUUCACGGCAAAAUAAAAAUAAUUCAAAAGUCUUAACAUGCAGACAUAUACUACACGCUUUCUUUUUUUAUUUUUAUAAAUAUAAUUUUUUUUUUUUUUUUGUCAUAUGAUUCACUGAGUGUGGAACCGUGUGAAAUAUUUUUGUUUUUUUUUUUUUUUAUAAUAUAUAAUACCGCAUGGAAUAUCUUAUCUAUGGAAUAAUAAUUUAAUUAUUGUGACAACUAAACUAUUUAUUAACAUAAAAAAAUAUAAAAAUUUAAAACAAUAAGCCGCAUGUACCUGUUUUUUAUUUCUCUCUCUCUUUUCUAUCUGUAAAUAUAUAUGCGUGUGUGUGUGUGUGUGCUUGUGCGUUAGUGUGCGAGAAAAUCAGUAAAUUAUUUUUUUUUUCAUUUUUUUUCCCUGUUUUUUACAUUACUCAUCUGCUAUAUGUAUGGUAUGCUGCUGAAAUUUUAGUCAGCGUGCAUUACUAAUACUUGCUAUCUUUAUGUACUUAUAGAAUAUAAUUUUAUGCACAAGUACAUAUAGGUAGAUAGAUAAAUUGAUAGACAAAUAGUUGUCUAUAAAUUAAUAUUUUAUUACAUAUAGUUGAAUUGUUGUUGUUGUUGUUGUUAUUGUUGUUGUUUUUGUUGUGUUGUUGUGUGUGUUUUUUUUUUAAAUAUUAUAUGUUUAAAGUGGUGCAAGCAUGUCGUUUCGUGUUGUACGUAGCAGUAAAUUUCGUCACGUUUAUGGUACUGCAUUAAAACGUGAACAAUGCUAUGAUAAUAUUAGAGUUUCAAAAUCAUCUUGGGACUCUACAUUUUGUGCUGUUAAUCCAAAGUUUUUGGCAAUUAUUGUUGAAUCUGCUGGUGGUGGUGCUUUUAUUGUUUUACCUCACAACAAGGUUGGAAGAAUAUCACCUGAUCAUCCACUUGUUGGUGGACAUAAAGGACCAGUAUUAGAUAUUGCAUGGUGUCCACAUAAUGAUAAUGUUAUUGCAUCUGGUUCAGAGGAUUGUGUUGUUAAAGUAUGGCAAAUACCAGAUAGUGGAAUAUCAAGAACAUUAACUGAGCCUGUUGUUGAUUUACAAUUACAUCAACGUCGUGUUGGUCUUGUGUUAUGGCAUCCAACAGCAUUAAAUGUAUUAUUAACUGCUGGUUCUGAUAAUUUAGUUAUAAUAUGGAAUGUUGGUACUGGUGAGCCACUUGUUAAAAUGAAUUGUCAUCCAGAUAUUGUAUAUUCAGCAUGUUGGAAUUGGGAUGGUUCACGUCUUGUAACAACAUGUAAAGAUAAAAAAAUACGUAUUAUUGAUCCACGUUGUGGUAAAAUACUUGAAGAAGAUAUUGCACAUGAAGGAACUAAAGCAACAAGAGCAAUAUAUUUACGUGGUGGUUUAAUAUUUACAACGGGUUUUAGUAAAAUGUCUGAACGUCAAUAUUCAUUACGUGCACCAGAUAUGUUGGGUGAGCCAAUUGUCAUGGUUGAACUUGAUACAAGUAAUGGUGUUAUGUUUCCAUUAUAUGAUCCUGAUACAAGUCUUGUUUAUUUAUGUGGUAAAGGUGAUUCAGUUAUACGUUAUUUUGAAAUAACACCAGAACCACCAUUUGUACAUUAUAUUAAUACAUUUCAAACACCAGAUCCACAAAGAGGCAUAGGUAUUAUGCCAAAACGUGGUUGUGAUGUUAAUAGCUGUGAAAUCAGUAGAUUUUAUCGUUUAAAUAAUUCUGGUUUUUGUCAAGUUGUAUCAAUGACUGUACCACGUAAAUCUGAAUUAUUUCAAGAAGAUUUAUAUCCAGAUACACCUGGUGAUACUGCUGCAAUAUCUGCUGAAGAAUGGAUAAAUGGUACUGAUGCUGAACCAUUAUUAAUAUCAUUAAGAGAUGGUUAUCAACCAACUACCUCCAAAAAUAAUCAACUUAAAGUUAUUAAAAAAGCCAAUGUACUUGGUAAAGGUGCCAAAGUUGGAGCAAAUGCCGCACAAAAUUCUUCAUCAUCAUCAUUAUCAUUACAAAAUUCUACAAUAUCGGAGGAUAUUAUUAAAGAAUUUGCUGAAGAAAUAAGAAAACUUAAAGCUGUUAUUGUUAAACACGAGGGAAGAAUUCGUGUUCUUGAAUCAGCUGUUGCAUUACAAAUGAAAGAAGAAGAAGAAAAAGUUAAAAAUAAUGACAAAGUUGAAACAACAACAACAACAACAACAACUGACAAAGAAUUUUUUGCUUCCGAUGAAGUUUAAUUAUUUUAUAAUAUUGUUUUUGUUGUUUAUUAUUACUAUUAUUAUUAUUAUUAUUUUCUUUUUUAAAAUAAUAUAAAACAAAAAACGAAACCUCUCUCUCUCUCUUAGGACAAUACAUAUAUAAAUACAAUUGAGAUGGAAGACAAAUGUAUUUUUUAUAUAAUAAUCUACUAUAUAUAACAUGACAAAACAAAAAAAUUUUAAUAUAAAAAAUGACAAUAAUAAUAAAAAUAAUAAUAGUGAUAAUAUUAUAAUGAAGAAAAAGAAAAAAAAAAAUUUGUGUAAAUACUAGAAUAACACUUGUUGCUUUUAAUAUUUCAAAUGGUAAAAAAAAUUUUUUGCUACGAUCUUUGUUAUUUAUUGUAUUUGUUUAAUCAAAUUCAUUGACGGUGCCUUUACAUAGCUUUUUAUUGCUAUGUAUCACAAGUAUAUAUGUAAUAUUUUUAUAUUAUAUAUCAUAUCAAAUAACACAAUACAACAAUUUUUAUUAUCAAUUUUAGUAUCUUUUGAUUUUUAAUGUAAAUCAAUUUAUUAACCAUUAUUUCUUACUAUUAUUAUUAUUAUUAUUAUUAUUAACAAGCCAAUGUUUAAAAAUUAAAGAAAGAAAAAUAAAAAAAAAGUAUUUUAUUGUAAAAAAACAAAAACAACAAAAAAAAAAAAAAAAAAAAAGAAAAACCAUAUUUUACCACACUCGUUAUAUCAUAACACCAGUGAAACAAAUAUAUAUUAUUAUAUCGCUAUAUAUAUUAAUAAAUAAAAAAAAUAACAAAGAUU